AUGCCGAGCUUUGGACGUCUGAGCAAGCACAGCAACCGAUCACAGCACACCUUGCCGGAGCAGCUGUCGACGGGAGCUGCGGCUGGCACAGCACCGGCUUCACCAGCGCCAGCAUCAGCCCCGGGAGCGUUGUCUGGCGCAGCCCAAACCCAAACCCAAGCCCAAGCCCAGGCCCAGGCCCAGGCCCAUGUCCAAGCGCUUGGUGCGCAGGGCCAGCAGGGAGGUGGUGCCCUGGCUGGUGUAGCCCAGGCCGACUCGCCCUCUGAGACGUCCCUGCCGCCGGUCUUGUCCUCCGCUACAGCUCUGGGCUCCAGCGACCACCUCGACACGUUUGUUGACAUGGACGCACGAGCACCUCCAGCUUCGACGCAGCAGCAGCAGCAGCAGCAGCAGCAUCACCCUCUUCCCCCCCCUCCCCCCGUCCAUCUUUUCAAUCUUCAGUCCUCGGGAGUCAAUCCUUCCUCCUCGCUGCAGGCAUCGGGCUCGGGUGUCUCUCCGGCUUUUGACGGCCACCAGCCGCCCACGCCAGUAGACUUUGACCCCUCCGUCAGCCGCUCGCAGAGCCAGCACUACGGAGCCUCCCUCACGCCGCAGCACCACCAAUUCUACGGAACCGCUUCAGGGUCCAUCGACGACCUCCCGGGAAGCGGUGGUGGUUAUCACCAGCAGCCGCAGCAGCCGCAGCAACUGUCGGCCCCGGCGCCUGCUCCCCAGAAACGCUCGACUCGCAAACUAAUCAAGGGCAUCUUCACCUCUAGCCGUGACUCGCACGACACUCACCAUCACCAGCAGACGCCGCCGCCGCCGCCGCAGUCUUCUGGCUACAACCCUUCGGGCCCCUACGAUAACACAACUGGGCUUGCUCGAAGGCCGUCCAAGAGGGUGAGCAACCCUCCCAGUUUGAAAACGAGCCCGUCCCAGACGACACAGCUCUCCCCCGACCGCGAUUGGCAACCCAAAGGCACUGGCAGCCAAGAGCCGUCACCGCUCCGUGAAGUUGGCGAGGUCGACGAACAUUCAUUUUACAGACACGGAUCUAACCUUGACUCCCCAAUACAGGACUCUCGCAUUCUUUUGAGCAACAACGGCAUCCGCCAGGUUUCCAGUGAACAUCUCGAAACGUCACCCUACGACGAGGUCUAUCAACCACCGGAUCACCCUCCCCCACACCAGCAACAACAGCAACCUCAACAGCUUCGCAACCAGCAAACGCCGCCUCCCUUGCAGCAACCACAACCCCAGCCCCUGCAACGCCAAGGGACGCUCCGAAUCCAGGAACAGCAGGAUCAGUACGAGUUGCAGCAACAACUCCAGCAGCAGCAACGACACGGUGCUGGUUACGAGCUGCAAUCCGAGCAGGGCCAUCAACAACAGCCCAAUUUCCACUACCCCACCACCUCUGCUCCGGGGUCCUAUCAGCCCGGCGGGGAUCCUCGACUCAUCGCGAAUCAACUUGUCACUAGCCAGCAGCUUCAAAACCCCGAGACUAUCUCUCAACUGUCUCACGAAUCGCCCGUAACUGAUUCAGACCCAAGGUCUGCCUUUCAGCAACACCCACUGCAGCCGUCUCAGGCGGCCAGCCUUCACACAUCUACUCCAUCUCAGGAUAUUGCUGCCGACCAACCACCCGUUCUAGGAACGAACACGCAGGGUCAAGAUCAAUCCGCAAUGGCCCCGCCAGCUCCUGGAGGCGGACCGCAAACGAGUCGCCGUGGCCAGGACGCUGAAAAGGUCCUUCGUGGACAAGCUGACCCUUCUGGUCCACCACCGGGAUACCAGCGCCAAGGCAGCGUCUCUCUGAAUGCCAUGGGUCCGAUUCCGCCGCUUCCCGGCCAAGGUGUCGACCAGGGCCGAAAUAGCCCCCAACCCUCGGACCGAGACUCCGACCUUGAGAAGCAGUUCAAGGAACUUUCAAAUAAAUACAAGCACGUAAAGCGGUUGUAUUUUGAAGGCAAAUCCCAAAUUGACAUGCUGAAUGGCCGAGUUGAGCAGUUGCAAAAUGCUGUGGCCAACCAGCGUAUGUCUCAGUCACGCACGGCUUGGGAUGACAAUGAAUACUCAACGAGGUUCAAUCGCCUCAAUGGGGCCAUCAACAACCUUUCUUUCAAUAUUCGAAAGGAUUGGCGCAGCCUCCCUGUAUGGAUUGACAGUUUCGUCAGUGCGGAUGCUCUGAAGACUGGGAAGCAGGAAAUGACAGCCAUCGGGCGCGCAGUUGUGUCUAGGUGGCUAGUGGAAGAAGUCUUCAACAAGUGCUUCCACCCGGCUCUGGAUACGCAGCUCAGCUCGCAACUCAAGGAGAUUGAACUCAGCAUCCGGGAAAACUCGUAUACUAUGCACCACCAGGAGGAAGUUGAUGCUCAUACGACAAAGGUUGUCAAUUGGAGAAUGGCCACCUUGGAUGGACUUCAAAAGCGACUCAAUUCAAACGCAGCAGCUGACAACCGAGGGAUGCUGAUAGGCAAGGUUACGAAGAACCUGACAACCUAUCUCCACCAACACCUCAUUAAUCCGCCCCCGCCUGGUGUGGAGGGCAGCACGUCCAUGAUUGCCGAGCUGGCCGUUGCUCUUGCAGCUAACCUACCUUUGGAGAGUCGAGAUGUGUCCAUCAUGUACCCAUUACCAGGAGACUUGGUACAAACGAAUAUGAUGGAAGUUGAAAAGGCUGGGUUACCACCGUUGGAGGGGCAGAAGGCGGAUGCAGAUGCCGAUUCGAAUUCAGACGAAGAUGAUGUAGACGAGAAGGACAAGGGUGGCAAGCCACGAGGAGACAAGGUGAAGCCCGGUAUGUUGCAAAAGAGAGCUCCCGGCACAGGUCGACUCCGCAGAGAAGACAGCAAUGCCUCAGGGACAAAGUCGACAAAUGCUGAUCAAGAUACCCCAGGACUGUCCAACGAGUUCAGCAGAGUACGAUUUGCAGGAUUCGUCGCUCUAGAAGUCAGAGGACGCCAAGUGCUCAUGAAAGCACCAGUCUGGACACUCUGA